AUGCCUACGGCGCCACCCGGGGAUGUUGACUACUCCGCCGCUCUAAGCCAGGAGACUAGCCUGGAGAGUGCUGAUACGAUCUUUGCGGAGAAAGACAUUGUGCACGUUGAAGAAGGAGAAGUCACAUUACAAGAUAGUGCAUUAGAAUCGGAUGAUCCCCAAGACAAGGAUGACCUCGUUGUGGACUGGGACGGGCCAAACGACCCUCAGAACCCCAUGAACUGGACCACCUUGCGGAAAUGGGUCAUUAUCGGGUUGAUAUCCUUGAGCAGCUUCAACGUAUCUAUGGUAUCCACGGUAUUCGCUCCCGGCGUGCCGCAAGUUCUGAAAGAGUUCAAUGUCCACAACCCAUCCAUUUCAUCUCUUAUGAUUUCGAUUUACGUGAUGGGGUCUGCUCUUGGCCCUCUGGUUCUGACGCCUCUCACUGAGAUAAGCGGGAGACUUCCCAUGACACACCUGGCCAAUAUACUAUUUGCAGUGGCUGCAGUUGUUUGCGCCGCCAGUGUGAACAUAUCAAUGCUCAUAAUGGCACGCUUCGUUAUGGGCAUAGCCAGUUCCGUACCUGUGACGGUCGGUGGAGGCUUUGUUGCGGAUAUGAUUCCCAUGGAGAAGAGAGGGACGGCAAUGACGAUCUGGACAGUUGGUCCCCUCAUGGGUAUGGUCACAGGACCGAUUUAUGGUGGUUACAUUGUCCAAAAUAUCGGAUGGCGUUGGACAAUCUGGAUAGAGGCGAUCCUUGGCGGGAUCAUCGUGAUUGCUUCCCUUAUAUUUUUGCGGGAGACAUAUGCACCCACGCUGCUCCAGCGAAAGGCGAAGCGACUUCAGAAAGAGACUGGACGUCCGUUCCGAACUCAAUACGACAUAGAUAAGAAGAUUGGCCAAAUUAUCUGGAUUUCAAUCAGCCGUCCGAUCAAGUUUCUUUUCCUAUCACCCAUCGUUAUGAUCGUUUCUUUGUACAGCUCCAUCACCUACAGCUAUAUGUACACACUAUUCACUACUUUUACGAGCGUCUUCGAGAAUGUGUACGGUUUUACUCCCGGCGAAGCAGGUCUCGGCUACCUGGGACUGGGUCUCGGGUUCUGCUCUGGACAGAUCGUCGUGGGAUACUAUUCCGAUCGAUACCUCAAGAAGCAGGAAAAGAUCCAUGGCAAGAUGAAGCCAGAAGAUCGACUUCCACCUUUAGUGGUCGGAUGCAUUCUCGUCCCAAUCGGACUCUUUUGGUACGGCUGGGCCGCAGAAUACCGGUUGCACUGGAUAGUUCCCAUCGCUGGGACCUUUUUCGUGGGUGCAGGCAUCUUCUUCGUUCAUCUGGUUACACAGGUGUACCUGAUUGAUUCAUAUACUCUUUAUGCUGCCAGCGCAGUAUCUGCGGAGCUGGCUCUGCGGUGCCUGUUCGGGGCUACGAUCCCGUUGGCGGGUACUCCUUUGUACGAUGCCCUCGGGCUAGGAUGGGGAAACAGCCUACUAGGGUUUAUCGCACUCUUGUUUGUCCCAGCUUCGCUUUUCUUACUCAAGUAUGGUGAGAGGAUCCGGACGAAUCCCAAAUUUCAGCCGCAGAUGACAUGA